AUGAAAGCAGGAAAUAUUUAUAGCUUUAAAGGGAGUCUUAUUUCUCUGGCUCUCGUUACUCUUGUUCUUUUUGCCACGUUAAUGUGGACAUGGGAGAGAAAUCCAAUAAUAGCUAUGACUUUAAGAUCUGCUCAAGAAUGGUACCACUUUCCUUCAGGUUUGUAUUCUAGCCAGGGAUAUAGAUGGAUCUUGAGAUCCCUCUGGAUCUCCCCUAUUGAAUCUGUUGGAACUUCAACAAUGGAAAAGGGUGUGGAAAAAUCCGUUACUCCCAGCACAGAAAAUAGAACAAAAAUUGAACUUGGUACAGAGGUUGUAGCAGCAGUAAAUUCUAUACCUGCAGAAUCUCCAAAAAUUCAAUACAAUGAAAAUGUCACACCUCCUCCCAGAAGUAAAGGAACCCCAACACUGGAAAAGGUUGUGGAAAAAUCCAUUACUCCUCCUACCACAGAAAAUAGAACAAAUAUUCAACUUGAUACUGAGGUUGUAGCAGCUGUAGAUUAUAUGCCUGCAGAAUCUCCAAAAACUCAAUACGAUCUAAAUGUCACGGCUUCUUCCAGAAGUAAAGUUUGUAAUUAUGCCAAGGGUAAGUGGGUUGCAGACAGCAGAAGACCGCUUUAUUCUGGGUUCAGCUGUAAGCAAUGGUUAUCCUCAAUGUGGGCAUGUAGAAUGACACAACGACCAGAUUUCUCAUUUGAAGGAUAUCGCUGGCAGCCAGAAAAUUGUGAUAUGCAAGAGUUUGACCGGUCUGCAUUCUUGAGAAAGAUGCAGGACAAAACAAUUGCUUUCAUAGGAGAUUCAUUAGGCCGACAACAAUUUCAAUCUCUAAUGUGUAUGGUCACUGGUGGGGAACAGAGCCCAGAGGUUCAAAAUGUGGGAUGGGAAUAUGGUUUGGUAAAACCUCGUGGAGCUAUUCGUCCUGAUGGUUGGGCUUACAGAUUUCCCAUGACUAAUACCACCAUCUUAUAUUAUUGGUCUGCUAGCUUAAGUGAUUUGCAGCCCCUUAACAUCUCAGACAAACUGACAAACGUUGCCAUGCAUUUAGACCGUCCCCCAGCUUUCAUGAGUCGGUUCCUCCAUCGCUUUGAUGUUUUGGUUCUUAAUACAGGACAUCACUGGAACCGGGGGAAGCUUACCGCAAACAGGUGGAUAAUGCAUGUUAAUGGAAAGCCAAACGAAGACAAGAAGAUUGAAGAAAUGGCAAAUGCCAAAAACUUAACAAUCUACAGUAUAGUCAGAUGGCUUGAUUUGCAACUUGUUUCGCAUCCUCGGCUCAAAGCUUUCUUCAGGACUAUAUCUCCUAGGCAUUUUUUCAAUGGGGAUUGGAACACUGGUGGAAGCUGUGAUAACACUAUCCCAUUAACCAAUGGAAGUGAGGUCAUGCAAGAAGGGUCUAAUGAUAAAACUAUUGAAGGUGCUCUAAAGGGUACAAAGAUCAAGAUACUGGACAUAACUGCUCUUUCACAAUUGAGGGAUGAGGCUCACAUGUCACGCUACACUAUUAGAGGGACUCUUAAUACAAGUGACUGCUUGCAUUGGUGCCUACCUGGUAUUCCAGAUACGUGGAACGAACUCCUCCUUGCUCAGAUAUAG